AUGUCUGACAAGAAAACUGCCACGGGUUCCAAGAAGUUUGGCACAGGUGUCCAGCUUGCAAUAAUUUCGAAAGCGCCAGCGUCCUCUGCUGCAAACAAAAACGCCGAUGCUGGAAAGAAGUCCGGCACAGAUGAUCAAGCUGGAUCCUCAUCAGGCCCGGGUGCAGAUACACAUCAUCCCGACACCAACGAAAGCCCUACAAAGAAGAAGAAAUAUAGCAGAUUUGACGAAGAAGACAUUGCGGAAGGGCGAGUUCCAAAAUUGGACUGA